AUGGAAAGUCCCCAUGCGUCGAAGAAGGUUGGAAAGCCUGUCAAAGCCACUUUGACAUCAACCAAACUUGCUGGGAAAAAGACAGAUGAUGGUGUAGUGGUGGAUGUGUCAACAAUAAGCGGAGAUGGCUGUCACGGUGGUAUCGAAGGUGAAACCACCGAGUUCGAAAGUGUUCCUGUCCCAAAGCAAGCCGAUGGGUGCCACGGUGGUAUCGAGGAAGACUCUGCUGAGUUUGAGAGUCUUCCACUUCAAAAGGAGGCUGGGAAAGUCGUCAAAGUCAAAUUGACAUCGACUAUGCUGCCUGGUAAAAAGACUAAGGAUGAUGUGGUAGUGGAUGUGUCAACAAUAAGUGGUGAUGAUGGAUGCCACGGUGGUAUCGAGGAAGACUCUGCUGAGUUUGAGAGUCUUCCACUUCAAAAGGAGGCUGGGAAAGUCGUCAAAGUCAAAUUGACAUCGACUAUGCUGCCUGGUAAAAAGACUAAGGAUGAUGUGGUAGUGGAUGUGUCAACAAUAAGUGGUGAUGAUGGAUGCCACGGUGGUAUCGAGGAAGACUCUGCUGAGUUUGAGAGUCUUCCACUUCAAAAGGAGGCUGGGAAAGUCGUCAAAGUCAAAUUGACAUCGACUAUGCUGCCUGGUAAAAAGACUAAGGAUGAUGUGGUAGUGGAUGUGUCAACAAUAAGUGGUGAUCACAGUCAUGGUUUUGUGUGUUCUGAAAAUGAAUCGGCUGCAAUUAAUAGUUGGAAAAGUCCUGCUGUUCCAGUCAAAAAGGUGAUUGGAAAGGUUGUGAAAGCCAAAUUGACAUCAACCAUGUUGUCUGGUGAAAUGACUGCUGAUGGUCUUGUCAUGGAUAUGUCCACGAUACAUGAAGAGACUGAGGGCAAGUCACUGCAGAGACAAGCAGAGAAAACACCCAUACAAACCACAAAGAGAUCUACAGUAACUUCUAAAUUGAAGAAGCUUCACAGCAGGCCAAGACUUAAGAAAGAAGGGAAACUUCAGCCAAAAAAUUCAACCUUACUUUUUCCAAGAGAAGAUGGAAAACAACCCAUGAUUAGUAAUAGUAACAUAAACUGUUCUGCGGUUGUGGCGGAUAGUAAGUAUUUAAUCUGCUAUAUCAGAUAA